AUGCCUUCGCCUCGCCAGUCGCCUGGAAACACGUCGACCAUGUCGAGCUUCCAGCCCGAGUUCGAGUCCACCCAGCAGUUCGACACGGCCACGCAGUCGCUGCAACUGCCCAACCUCCGAUCCAGUGCACAGCGCUUCAGCUACUACAACCCGCCCCAGCCCGCAAUGCACAUUGACUCGUCUUUCGUGCGCGAUAGCUUCCCAGACUUCACCGAAAAGUCGCCAUCGCCCUCGCCCGACGCCUCCAUGUCCAUCGAAGCAGGACGCGGCAAGAAAGGCAGCCCCAAGAGCUUCGACAUGUCCGACAUUCCGCUGCCCAGCGACAGCCUCUACGACCUGCACAGCACCCCGCCGAGAAGCACGCGUCCCACGCCAAAGAAGGCCGAUAACCUGCGAAAAGAAGCUUCAUUGCGACGCGCACACUCGAGCGACAAGAGAGCCAAUGCCUCGCAGCGCCGCUCCUUGUCCGACAUGCACCACAAGGUCCGUCACGAGAGUGACUCUUCCUUUGUUGGUGAAGACCGCCCGACCACCCAAACCGUCCAGCCGCGAAACACGCGCUUCACUUCAGCCAAUCUUCCCACCUCUUACUCGCGCGACCAAGGCCUGCAAUCCGCCUCUACACCUCAGCGCCCGCUGCAAAACCCUACCGCGACCUGGACCGGCACUCAGACCCAAGCUUCCUUCAUGCUGCCCGACCUUCCGAACAUCACCGAACUCGUGUCGGGCAUACGCAAAGAUGGCACCCCAGUCUUCUCGCGCUCGCAAAAGUCGCGUUCGCGCUUCACUUCUGCAUCAUACAACAAUCCUACCACCACGAACACCAUUGCUCACGCAAACAUCAACUCGAUCGCUGUGCCCGACGAAGAGAAAGCAAUCUUUGCUUCCCUACAGCUCCUGAAGGAUAAGGUUGCAAACCUCGAAGCUGAAAAGAGCGAAGCGCAAAAGAGACUCGAAGAGUACGAGACAGAAGUCGGCCAGCUCAAGUCGCGCCUCGACGUCGAGCAGAAGCUGCGACGGCCUGACAGUGCAUUGGGCGAGGACGAUGAUGGUAGUGCCAAAGAGAAAUGGCGCGUUGAUAGAGCCACUCUGCAGACUACCAUCAAGACCUUGCAAGACCGCCUUAACCGCGGUGAACGUAAGAUAUCUGUCAACGACAUCGCCGUCAAGCGUUUGACCCAGGAGCGUGAUGAUCUGGUCACCCAACUCGGCGUUGCUUACUACAAUUCCGAAGAGUUCAAGAACGAGAAUAUGCAGUUGCGCGAUCUGAACGAACACCUGGAAGCUGAUGUCGAAGCUCUACAAGCUGAGAAUGGUCGUCUGCGCGUCAGACUUGCUCAGAUCAAGGCUCAGUUCAACGAUGAAACACAGCAGUGGAACUCACGCGAGUCUGAUUUGAAAGCACGGAUACAUCGUCGUGAGGCCGCUGUUCGCGACAUGCAGCACGACCUGACCAUGCAGUCCGCCCCUGCCCAAGACCAAACUUCUAAGUCGUCCAAGUCACGCUCUGCCCAAGACAACCAGCAACCUUCAAGUAAGCGCCGAACCAGUGGAAGACUUGGCCAGGAUACCAAGCACAACAUCCUGGAUAGCAUCGAGAAUGAGAUUAGGAGAUCACGUUCCGCUGCUGCACCUGCCAAUCUUCGAUCUCGCUCCCGUUCUAAGUCCAACACCCGUCAGAACACUUCGAAGUCCCAACGCGUUGUUGACGUUAGCGAUAUUGAUUCGACGACCAACUUGGAUUUCUCUAGACCUAUCAGAGAUGAAAUUGCCCACAAUGACGACGACUCCGACUCCAGAGAUAUUACCUAUCUGAGUUUCCUUGAUCCUAGAGAACUGGCAAAGCUGCGAAAGACACUCGAGGAAGAACGCCGUGCUUCGAAGACUGCGCGUGCUGUAUCUGCACCCCAAACCAAAGAAAAUGCGACUUCCACCAACAUGACUGCUGUGCCUCGCAAAUCUUCUCUAAGGGAUGUCACAAACAACGAUACAGGACGUUUCACCAUCAGAUCUCAGGUCGACGAAAACACUGGCCUGCUUAAGAAUGUUCGAAUCCAAUCGCCUCACACAUCUGAUGCCAUCUCGUACUCCGAACCUAGAGAGUCGAUCGAGGCAUCGUUCAUGAGCACUUCGUCUCGCCGAAGGAAUCGCAGUAAGAGUAUCGAGGAGAUGACGUCCGCCUUCAUUCUCCCUGACAUCACUCUCCACACUGGUCCAGGAGCCGAAGCCACUAUGGCAAACACAGUCGGUGACAUCUCUCAUGGCAAUUUGAACUGUACCGCUUGCCCAUCUCAAGAUUCGCAGGACAAGGAAGUCACAAUCCCCCAACCGAUCCCUGUCUCUGAACGUGAGAUUGAUGACACGAACGCCACUAUUCGACCCUCUCAACCACCACCUGUGGCUCUAGCAACCGUGCUCAAGCAACUCGAAGACGAGGUCAAACAUCUGAAGCUCCAGCUCCAGGGUUACGAGAAGAUGUACAACAAGCAUGAUCCCGCUCUCGGCCGCCGCAAGCGUCUGGCUGUGAAGCAGAAGAUGGACUCCCUAAUGGCUGAAGUCGAACGCCGCAGCGAUCAAAUCUAUGCUCUUUACGACGUUCUCGAGGGCCAGAAAUCAUCUGCCGCAGACACUGAUGGCGAACAGCAGUUGCAAGAGUUGGAUGGUGAGCAAGUGGAAGAGACGUUGCAGAGUCUAGGUAUUGAUGUUGACGAAUUGGCUCAGAGAGCUCGGGAGGUCAAGGAGGCACAGCGUCAUCCAUUUGGUCUUGGUGGGCUCGAUGAGGAGAGUGAUGUUGAAUUGCCUUGGGGUGGGUUCAGCGACGAGAGUGAGGUUGAGGAGGUACAGUUGCCCAGGAGACGUUCAGUGAACAGGGCUGUGAUUGCCUAG